UCUUGGCUUAAGGGCUAGCGUCUUAGACCCUAACUCUGAUACUCUAUGUCCCUAGGUUAGACACCCGUAUCCUGCUCUAAAGAUCGGCUGAACUCAUGUGACGAUAUCUCUAUUUGUUCAAAUCAACGUGCCACUUUUCUUAUUUGCCUAUUAUAUAUACAUGAAUUGAAGGUAACUUGACUCAUCUUCUACGCUCCAAAACGUCUUGAAGGCUUGUGGUGAGGCUCUUUCAAAAUGGAUUAUCCCAGCAGCAGCAACCCCAGCUCCUCGCUGUCCUCUUCAGUGGCAAACAUCGGCAAGGAUAAGAAGAAGGGUGGGAAGAGAAGCAAAGGGGUGAAGCUCUCCACCGACCCACAGAGCGUGGCGGCCAGAGAGAGGAGGCACCGCAUCAGUGACCGCUUCAAGAUCUUGCAGAGCUUGGUUCCUGGUGGAACCAAGAUGGACACUGUUUCCAUGUUGGAGGAGGCUAUUCACUAUGUCAAGUACCUCAAGACCCAGAUAUGGCUUCACCAAACCAUGAUCAACUUCGUGGACGAUGACCCGUCUCUGCUCUACCAGUCAGAUUCUCUUCCUUCUCACCAACAAGAAGCUUUCUACUCACCUGAUGAAACCUUAGCCAUGAUGCAACCUUACAUAACCACUACAGCGCCGGUACGAGAUUCUUAUUGCUUUCAAGGUGAAGAAACCAUGUUUUCUGACGCGUCCGUGAACUACUAUUAGUGUUUUAGUCUAUUUCUCUCGCCUGUCCUUAUGUCUCUGGAUGCUUAGGCCCGUGUCUGUAAUUGUUGAAUCAAAACUAGCUAGUUGUUAUAUAUUAUGUGGUUCUGAAUAUUGUUCAUGGGAUCGACUAAUUAGAUAGUUACACUAUCCAGUAAUCUCUGUAUAACUCUAAAAGAAGAUCAAAGUAAUGUGUAAUUAUGAGUUAAAUUUUGCUUC